GUCGGUAUUUAGUGCGACCGGACAUGAAUGAUGAUGCUGAAUUCCAUCGUAUGCUAUGAAAUUGGAAUUGCGGAGGCUAGAUAGCAAAGCUGAACAAGAAGUAUAAUUUGAACUAACUGGUUUCAUAAAUCCAACUGCCACUAUGCCUGCAAAGGACAAGGUACAACUUUAUAUCGCAAAGUCUAUAGAAGAGCUUAACAAGAAAGCGGACUUUGCUCCUGACAAAAACACAAAGGCAAAAAUAUAUUGCAAGUCAGCUGAUAAGAUUAUUCGAGAGGCUGAUAAGGCUUAUAGGAGCCAGGAUGAGGAACGGGCUUACGUCUUAUACAUGAAAUUUAUUUGUAUCAUCCAGUACAUAUCUAAAAUGAAGGAGUACAAAUUAGACAAGGAAUAUUAUGACAAUCUGGGAGGGACUAAACAUGUUAUUUCUGCAAUUGAGAAGGCUGAGACUCUUCAAACAUCCCUGCUCAGACGAUACAAGGACCUGGAAGAAGAGCAGCAGGUGCAAGCUACAUGCACUUUAGCAGCAAAUGACAGCUCAUCUGAUGAGAGUAUCAAGAAACCAAGAAACUCCACAACUAAUGGGGUUGCAAAUGAUAGUGCGGUUCCUUAUUGUGCAAAGAAUACAGCAUUCACUCCAGAAUUUGGACAAAAUGGAAAGAUAGUCGCUGCUCAGCUGUAUAAACUUCUUCAGGAUGACACAUACCAUAUUCUUCUCAUGGAUGCUAGAUCUACUGAACAUUUCCAAGCAUCUCAUAUGCAAUGUCAACAAGUCAUCAAUGUACCACAGGAAACUAUUAAACCAGGGAUCACUGUAACAAACAUUGUGAAAUGCCUGAAGGCUGAAGCAAGAACAUUGUGGACUAAACGGGGUGAUGUUGAUUGUAUUGUGCUGUUUGAUUGGAACAGCACACUCAAAGACUUGACAAAGAGUUCAACCUUGGUUUGCCUGAAAGAUGCUAUUUACAAGUGGGAUUCACUGGUUACAUUGAAAAGAGAACCUAUUGUAUUAGAUGGGGGAUAUGAGAGCUGGCUUGUACGAUAUCCAAUGUUAACUACCAAUCCUCAUGUCAAUAGACCAACUACAACAAGUGAUGCUUCUUCAACAACUUCAAACUUGUUGAAUUUUGAUUAUCCAUCUCUUGAGGAUGAGCAGCCAAGGAGUCUGCCUACAGCCAGCCCAGUUUCAGCUCAAGUGAAGUCUUCUCAUGCUAUAGAUGUCAAUGGCCAAAUAUCAACACCUAGUGAACCUGCUGCCACUUCAACAAGUAACUCUGUCAAGUGUGUUCCUUCUGUGGACAGAUCUAGUAAGCCUAAACAGCCUAAUGAACAUGCAGCUUCAAAACCUGACGUGUGCAAUUUAUCCACCUCACAUGGCUCAUUCGUCACCCAACUUGAUAAUACUGAAGCCAACAAAGAAAUAAUCUCAAACCAAAAGCCUAAAGUGACAAAUGUCAAUCAGCCCUCCUCUUCAUCUUCAAGUGCUAAUGGAAGCACACCAGCAAAUGAGCAACGAGAAACUCUCUCUCCAAACAUACAACCAGUGAUUCCUCAUCGUUCCCUUAAGCCACCAUUACCAAAUAAUACAAAUCCCUCACAGAAUACAAUCAAUGAUGGUAUCAAUGUUUCAGUGAAAUCUGAAGAUGAGUCGGUUAACAAGCAAAUGCAGUUAGACAAGCUGACAUCAGACAAGAUAUUGAAAGACAAAGAUGUAAAUGAAAGCAAUAUCGAAGCAGGAGAAAUAUCAAGAGAACAACAAGAACACAAAAUACGAGAACAGAAGGCAAGACAGGAACUAGAGAACAUGAGACAAGAGAAAAUCCGAACAGAAAAUAAACAACUACGCCUUGAGAAGGCAGAGAUGGAAACACAACUUGAAGAGCAGGUGAAAGCUUACCAGCGCAUGCAACAAGAGUUGGAGGUUAAAAAACUUCUGCUAGAGGAAAAUGCUAAAGUGAGGGAGGAAGAACAGAAGGCAGAAUUGAAGAAAGAGGAACAAAGUGUGGACACGAAGAGUAACACCAUUCCUGAGCUCUCAACUGAAUCAGUAAAUCCACCUACACCAGUAAAAGCUAAACUGACACCAGAAGAUAAACCUAGUAUGACAUCAAAAACAGAGCCUCACCAGUCACAACCUUCAAUGCUACAAACUAAACCAUCUCACCGAGUGCUCAAACCAGUUGAUCCAAAAGACCAUUCAGUGCAGCAAGUACACACUAAUUCAAGUGUCUUGCCUGCUUCGUCAUCAGGCCAUGUAUCGGUUACUUCAGGUUCAGUGCUUCCCCCAGGCUGGGAAAAGAAGUUACAUCCGUCAACUAACAAGUAUUACUACUUAGAUCAUAAUACUGAAACUACUCACUGGAAUCCACCUGCUGAUGUUGGACCAGGUGGAGCAGCUUCUCUAUCAAAUCCUAAUUUUACAAUGCCAGUUACAACAACAUCACCUUCACAAAGACCUGGAGAUAGAGUAACAGGUUCACCAGCAAGACAGUCUGCUCCUACUCAAACAAAAACUCGCCUCAAGUCAGAUUCCUCAUCAGGGACUCCUAAGUCAAGUUUGAAGAGGUCCUUUUCUUCUCCUAACAUUGCUCAAAUGGUUGUCAAUGAGAAUGAGGAAUUGCCAGGAUUAAUGCCAGCUAUAAAUCGGAGUAACAAACCAAUCCAAAGGACACCAUCAUCCUCAAUGAUACAGAAACCACAACAGAAUAAACCCUUGUCAGUCACAAGAGCACGUAACCUCAAUCCAGUCUAUGGAAACAAUGGACGAUCGCUGACUGGGUUACGCAAUCUUGGUAAUACAUGCUUCAUGAACUCUGUGGUGCAGUGCUUAAGCAAUACAACUCCUUUGACUCACUACUUUAUCACUGAUAAGUACGUUAUGGACAUCAACAGACAAAAUCCCCUUGGUCGUGGGGGAAAUGUAGCGGAGGAGUUUGCUAUUGUGAUUAAGGCAGUGUGGUCUGGUCAGUAUCGAUCGGUAUCACCUCUUGAUCUACGAGAUACUGUUACAAAAUAUGUUCCUGAAUUCCGUAAGCACAUUGGACAUCACCAUGAUUCUCAAGAAUUCUUAUUAUUUCUGUUAGAUGGUCUACAUGAAGACCUUAACCAGGUGCGGAAACGAGAAUACAUCAAGCAAGAGGAUCUGGACAAGUAUACUGAUUCAAAGGCAGCAGAAUUAUCUUGGCAAUACCAUCACCUUCUCAACCAAUCUAUUAUUGUGACCUUGUUCCAAGGCCAGUAUAAAUCUACACUUCGGUGCUUGUCUUGUGGGCAUAACUCAGUCAAGUUUGAAGCUUUUAUGUAUUUGUCAUUGCCAAUUCCCUCUAACAGCCGAUGCUCAUUGCAGCAAUGCCUUAAGAAGUUUUCAACUGAAGAGAAGCUUACAGGUGACAAUGCUACCUAUUGUUCUCAAUGCAAGACAAACAGGGAAUCUUCUAAGACAAUUCUCAUCUGGAAAUUGCCUCGUAUCCUUCUUAUCCAUCUUAAAAGGUUCUACUAUGAAGGGAUGUGGCGUCAGAAGUUGCAGACUAUGGUCGACUUCCCACUGCGUGAUAUGGACAUGUCACCUUACACAAUUGGCCCUAAACCAAGUAACUCCUACAACCUGUAUGCUGUUUCUAACCACAUUGGCACCCUGGAUGGCGGACAUUACACAGCCUGUUGUCUCAAUGUAAACAACAAUCGCUGGAACAAGUUUGAUGACCAUGAAGUCCUUGAAGCAAAGCAGAGUAACAUCAAGAGUGCGGCAGCCUACAUCCUUUUCUAUACAUCAUUGGACUCCUUGGUUCCAUAAAAUGUUGACAGGUAAACUCUGCAAAGAUGUUUAAUAUUUGAAACAUCAAGUCUCAUGAUUGGAUACAAACACUAUUACAUGUAUUGUGUAAGUCUUUGGUAUAAAACAUGUAGGUCAAACCAUAGAGAAAGGACCACGAAAGGAGUUUGAACUUCCCGGGCAGUAACAAUAGAGAUCAAUGGCCCUUUGUGCAUGAGGUACGUCGCCACAUUUUCACUGGUAAAUUACAGCUCAUUUGAGGCAUGCGCUGAAGAAUGCCAUGUCUAUUUUCUGACGUCAUUUCACUGCAAGAUUUUCCACAAUAAUGGAGUAGAAAUAUAUCUUAAAAUAAUGCGCAGUCGAGUACAGUUCACACUUAUUUAUAAAGACAGACGCAAUCACAAAGAUUUUAAUGUCAGCUAUUAUUAUGUCAAUGUUUUGUUGUUGAAAAACAACUGAAAUUCAUGAAAUUUGUACCAAAAUCAUGAAAAAUGUAUUAAUUAUUGAAAUAUGAUGUUUUAGGGAAUUGCAGGACCUCGCAUGCUAAAGAAAUAGUGCAUUUUCUUCGUCAUGAAAUGAGCUCUUCCGUGAUGUAUGCCAUGAUGUUUCCCAACGUUACCCAACUUCAAACAAAGACUUUGGUCAUUUAUCUAUGGUAUAAGCAUAUAGAAAUAUUCUUUUCCUGCCACUCUUUCAUUCAUUAUUGGGGUUCUGCGCACGCUGGUUACCCACAGUACAGUGCACUUCUCCAGUGGAGGUUUGUGCCAGCAGUCACAAUAGGAUUAACAUAAGACUGGAACUGAUUAGCGGCGACGAAUGUGUUUCCUCUGAAGUAAGGAAGUUCGAACUCCUUCCGUGGUGUUUUCUCUAUGGUCAAACCAAUAAGAUUUUAUUUGUUAAAUUGAACAAGUUAAAGACCUAAUCAUAUCAGCUAAAUAAUGUGUUUUUUGCAAUACUGCACUUCUAGAUUCUUGUCAUUUGAUUGGUGGGAAACAUACUUAAUGUUGCCAUUAUUUAAUAUGUGAGUCCUACAUGUAUGUUAAUAAAUAAUG